AUGAUGCUGUCCUCCGAGGGCACGGCCUUUUUGUCUGACGCCAGCAUUCCCUGUCACGCUGGAAGGACUCGAAUGCGGGACCGGUUCGAAACACUGAAAAGCACUACAGCUUGGAUACGUUUGCUUUCCUGCAAAUUCAAUGAAUUUCUUGCAAUUACUCACUUUGACGAGAUUUUUUUUCGCUUGAACCCAGCCUCUGCCUCGCGGUUUUGGCUUCAAAUUCCUUUAACCAUUUUGGCGGGGUUCGGAUCAAGGGAAACUAUUAAGUCGUACUCAUUGCACCCUCUCUCUCUUCUCUCUUCAGAAGAUGCAAGUUGA